AUGCCUGUAACUCUCAAAUUCCAAUGGGACAAUACUUAUGAGGCCGACGCUUUAGAUGCUCUCCGAGACACGGGGGUGAAACAGCGCCAACUUCUCAACUCCAGGCUGCUAUUAGGACUGAAACACUCAAAAGCUGAACUUGGCUCUACCCGGGAGUCAAACAGAGGACCACCGGAUGUGCAGCCAUACGUGCUAGCCACUACACCGCCGAGG